UCUCCUACUAUAUAUUUUCCAUGACAUCCAACUUUUUUCCUGUUCGAAAAGCAAAAAUGUUAGCAGUCAUUUCCGCCCUGUGAUCCAUUCUCCCCUGUUUCUUACUAUAAUCUCAAGUCUCAAAAUGCUAGUAGAUCCCGACAAGUAUCCAUCGUUUUGCAAGCUAUUAUUUAGACAAGGUUUCAUGGAUAAAAUACUAAUGCCGCCUGUUUUCAUCAAAGAAAACAAGAAGAAGUUGGCCAAGACUUGCUUACUGAAAACGGACAUAGCAGCAGGGAUGUCGUGGGAAGCAAAGAUAGUGAAGGAGAAUUCUCAUUUCUUCAUAUGUGACGGAGAGUGGCCAAAGUUUGUGGCGCAUCACAAACUAAAGUUAGGGGACAUUUUGCUCUUUUUUCUAGUUGAUAAAUCAACGUUUCAUAUACUUCCCUACGGUCAGAAAACUUGUAAAAACCUUUGCAGGAGACAACUAUUUGAGGAACUCAGCAGUUCCUCUGAAGAGGAAGAGGAAUGUGACGUGGGAAUCCGACUGUCAAGAAAAUCUAAGAAAGUUAAAACGGAGCCAAAAGAAUUGCCAGGUGUUGCAGAGGAGGAAGCUCAGAAUCGAAGUAAAGAAAAUGGUCCAAAAACACUUAGAUACAGUGUGGUGAACUUGAAAAAUAAAAAUCCAUACUAUGAAAUGGCUGUAAGAAAGACACACUCGCUUUUUGUGACUAUCCCAAUGACCUUCGCAAGAUGGAGUGGCAUAAUUAAGAUGAAGAAAAUAACACUGAUUAAUGGAGAAGGGAAGAAGUGGAAAGUGGAUAUAGAGCAUAUCGGCCCAAGGGUUCUCAUAAAAGGAGGAUGGGCUGCCUUCAGAACACAAAACAAGAUAGCUGCCAAUGGUGAAACUUGUCGCUUCAAGUUGAUUCAGGGCCGUAGACGUGGGCGUGGACGAAGUUGUUAUGUUUUACAGGUUGAAAAGAUCUCCAAACCUUGAAGUAGCUCGUAUAUGUAGUUGGUUUCUUUUGGUUGCAUUUUGGCCUUCUCUUUGUAGUAAUU